AUGGCCCCGCCGCCGCCUCCCCCCCUGCAGCCACCGACGGGCUUCGCCGGCCCCGGUGCUCCAUCGCCCAUGGGAUCACACCCGCCGCACCCGCACCCGCACCCGCACCCACAGCCACAGCAGCAGCAGCCACAGCAGCAGCAGCAGCAGCAGCAGCAGCAGCAGCAGCAGCAACAGCAGCACUUUGCCAGGUCCCCCGUCGCCGCACCUCGUCAACCGCCACAACCGCCCGUCGGGUACCCCAUCAGCAAUGGCCACGGUGCUGCACCGGCUGCUGCAGCUCCACGCGCCGACCCAGCACUGGCACACCAAAUGUCGCGCGUCGACCUGAACCCGCCGUCGCAGCCCCUGCACCAGCAGCCCCAGCAGCAGCAACAACCACUGGCCCACCACCACCAGCAGCCCCAGAAGCAAUUGUCGCUCCCUCCACCUGCGCCACCCACCGUGAGUAGCUCUCGUUCUGGCGCCGGGCCGCCCCGUGUCGUCCCGUGUCGUCCUGUGCCUCGCCGACCGACACGUCAACCACGCGCACCCCGACGGUCCCGACGACGUUGAUGGCUCACUCUACUCUUUCCCAUCGACAGGCUCCUGCCGAAGGGCCAGUACUUGCAAAAGCCAAACGAUCUGCGAGGGCCUACCACAAACCUGAACAAGCACCACCAGGUCCAUCCGGCGUGCAGCAGCAGCAACAGCCCCCGUAUGGCGACCAGCCAUUGCCUCCCCACCAACAGCAGGAGCCCCGCUACGACGACCACCGAGGUCCUCCAACGGGUCCAUCCGGACCUGCGUACGGAAAUCCCAACCGAACUCCGUUCACCGGCCAUCCAUCCUCUCAGCACCCAUCGCAACACCCACCCCACCUCGGUCAGGGAGCCCCCGCGGGUUACGACCAGCACCAGCCGCACGCGCAACAACACCCGCCACACUCGCAGGCGCCGUACCAGAAUGCACCUCCCGCCUCCGGUCCCGACCCACCUUCGGGGCGAGGAGGCUACCCGACAGAGCAGCCAGGCAUCCCGCAGCCCCCGCAUUCGGCGGGGCAACGCAUCCCGGGUCAGAUGCGGGUGCGUAUCGACCCGGACCAUAUCCCGUCUCCGGUCGACGUGCAGCGCAUCGACCAGCAGAUAUACCAGGGCGAACCUUACUUGACCUGCUCGCGGACGGCUGCUCCGUUGUCGACGACCGAGUUUGUCGCUAUUGACCAAGGUCGGUCUUUGUGCCCGGUUCUGUACCCCGCGGCCGCUCCGAGCCACAAACGAGCGCAUUGACCCACUCACUCUUUCUCUGGCUCGGGAACAGGCAACUGCAACCCUCGAUUUAUGCGCAUGACGACGUACAACCUACCGGCGACCGAUGACCUCGCGACGGCUUCGCAUCUCCCGUUGGGACUGGUCGUGCAGCCGUUCGCGAUGCUGCGCGAGGAAGAAGGCGGGGUGCCGUUGGUUCAGUCCGGGGAGAGUGGGCCCGCGAGGUGUCAGAGGUGUCGAGGGUACAUCAACCCGUGGUGUCUCUUCAUCGAAGGCGGCCAAAAGUUCGUGUGCAACCUUUGCGGCGCGACAAGCGACGUGGCGCCAGAGUACUUCAGCCACCUCGACAUGUCGCAGCGGAGGAUGGACCUUGACCAGCGACCGGAAUUGCGCAUGGGUUCGGUCGACUUUCUGGUCGACAAGGCCUACUGGGUGCAGGACAAUCCGUCGCAACCGGGCAAGUCGGCGCGCGAGCCCAAGCCGAUACAUUACAUCUUUGCGAUCGACGUCAGCUGGACGAGCAUGCGGUGCGGUCUCGUCGGCGAAGUCGUCAAGGGGCUCAGGGAGAUGCUCUACCCGCAAGAGGAAGGGGCCGUGUCGUGCCUGCCCCCCGGGGCCAAGAUCGCGAUCAUGACGUUCGAUCGCUCGGUACAGUUUUUCAACCUCAAGGCCGGGCUGGACCAGGCGCAGAUGCUCGUCGUGUCCGAUAUCACCGAUAUGUUCGUGCCUUUGCUCGAAGGCUUCCUCGUCGACCCCGUCGAGUCGCGUUCCGUCAUCGAAGGGCUGCUCGACACGCUGCCGACGCUGACGGCCGAGACGACGAUCGUCGAGGCGGCGAUGAGUGGGCCCGUGACGGCGGCUGUGAUGGCUCUGAGAAACCUGGGAGGGCAGCUCAACAUCUUCCAAACCUCGCUGCCAACGACGGGGAUGGGUGCGCUCAAGCACCGCGAAGACACGAAGCUGUACGGCACGGACAAGGAGAAGACAUUGUUUCUGCCCCAGGACCCGUGGUACCGUGCGACGGCCGAGGAGUGCGUCGAGGCCGGUAUUGGAGUCAACAUGUUCCUGUUUCCGACGCAGUACAUCGACGUCGCGAGCUUGUCGGUCCUAUCGGGCUUGUCCGGCGGCGAGGUGUUUUUCCAUCCCCGCUUCGCGCCCGUGCGCGACGGCACAAAACUCCGCGCCGAGAUCAAGCAGGUCGUACGUCGCGAGACGGGCUACAGCGUCACGAUGCGGAUACGGUGUUCGAACGGUCUGCGCGUCUCGGAUCACUUUGGCAAUUUCUUCCAACGCAACGUCACCGACCUCGAAUUCGGAACAAUGGAUUCGGACAAGGCGAUCGCGGCGCGGCUCAAGCACGAGGGCAAACUCGACGACAAGGUCGACGCCCACUUCCAGUGCGCGGUGCUGUACACCGCCACGAACGGCCAACGUCGCGUGCGCGUGCACAAUCUGGCCGUGCCCGUCACGAGUCUGCUCGCCAAUGUGUUCCGGUUCGCCGAUAUAGACACAACACUGACCUACGUCACGAAGGAGGCGGUGACACAGACGGCGACCAAGUCGCUGCGCGAAGUGCGAGAUCAGCUCACAGAACUGUGUGUCAAGGCGUUGCUCGCCUACCGAAAGCACUGCGCAUCGUCGACCUCGCCGGCACAGCUCAUUCUGCCCGAAUCCUUCAAGCUGCUCCCGCUGUAUGCCCUCGCCCUCAUGAAGACCAAGGCACUCAAAGGUACGUUCGUUGGUGCGACCUCUCGCCGUGAUGUAAGCUGACCAAUGUGUUGCUCUGCACGUGCUGCCAGGUGGGCCCGUUGCAUCCGACGUGCGAACGUGUUCGAUGCGAGCCGUCAAGUCGCUCGGCGUGACCUCGACCUUGCGACUGCUGUACCCGCGAUUCCUCGCCAUCCACAACCUUCCGGACGAAGUCGGCUUCCCCGAUGAGCGCGGGCGGUUACGUCUCCCUCCUCUGAUCCGGACGAGCUACGCGAGGAUGGAGCCGCACGGCGUGUAUUUGAUUGGUCAGUCUUUGGACGUGUUUGUUUGCGCUUGCCUUUCGUGCUGAACUGAACACCGCGUGUGCUCUCUCGACGGCGGCGAAACAGAAAAUGGCGACUUUGUCAUCCUCUGGAUUGGCGCGGCUGUCUCACCGCAGAUCCUCCAAGACCUCUACGGCGCGGACUCGCUUGAAGAGCUUGACACUCGCAUGGUCAGUGAUGCUUGCUUUCGCCUACUUGGGAGGCACGAGGCAGGCACCUGAACGUUCCCACUCUUGCUUCUCCGCCCCCGCAGACAUCGUUACCCGUGCUGCCGACCCUCUUGUCGACACAAGUGCGCAACAUCCUCGCGCUGUUCGAACGACAGGCGGGGGGCAAGGUCUUCUCUGUGCUCAUCGCGCGGCAAAACAUUGACGGCACCGAGAUCGAAUUCUCCAACAUGCUGGUUGAGGAUUCAAAUAACGAACAAGUAAGUCGGGAAAGCGGGCGAUCCUCAGCCUCACCUGCACGUGAAUCGUUCAUUGACCGCUAUCCCCCCAUCCCCCAUCCCCUCUCGCCUCUCAAUCUUGUCUCCUGCAGCUCUCAUACAGCGAAUCACUAUGCCAUAUCCAUAGCCUGAUCCAAUCGGACCUGAUGGGCGAAUCGAAAAAGAGCGACUUUGACGUCAGCAGUUUCUCCACCUGGUGA